CACGCGCCCGUGACUCACGACACAAGCCCAUGAGCUGACACAUGUCACGAGCUGUCGAUGGUGGAGAGCACUCUGGAACAUCUCGUCCGCUGGAAGCAUGUUGUACUGGCGCUUCAUCCUUGCAACCGCCGUGUCCCUGGCCACGGCCGCGGCACAGGAGUUUACGGGUGACGGCACGGGGUACGUCCUCGGCACACCAAGCAGCGGCAAUUGCAACUUCAUGAACGUCCCGAAAGCUGUGUCGACAAAUUAUGUCGCGCUCGCAACCGAACGCUUUGCGCAAACGGCCGCGUGCGGAAAGUGCGUUCAAGUACGCUGCACGAACGACAGGUGCAAAGGUGCCACUGCCACGGAAGUGCUCUACGUUGUGGAUCAGUGCCCUGGCUGUGCCAAGGACGACCUCGACUUUUCUCGCGAAGUGUUCAUGAAGCUCACCAACGGCAUCGAACCUGGUCGAUUGAAAAUGACAUGGUCGUUUGUGACGUGCCCCCACACGUCGGACAUUGUGAUGUGCAAAAAACCUGGCAGUAACGCGUUUUGGUUUGCUGUCCAGCCCGCCGGCGCCGUCAGUGGCAUCGGCUCCGUGAAGAUCAACGGCAAAGCCACGUCCUUGAUCGACUCUGCGUUCUACUUCAAACUUGAAUCCAGCCCUGGGCUCGACUUGUCCAGAGUGCAGUUUGAAGUGACCCCGGAUAGCGGCGGCGACGCCAUCACGGCCACCCUCGACAUGAGCAAGGAUGGAUGCGUGUCCACCGGCAAACAGUUUGGCCGCUCGGAUGGGUCUCCCACCGCUCCUCCUUCUUCUGCUGCACCGCCCGUGUCAUCGAAGGCCCCAUCCACGCCGGUCGCUUCAACCCUGGAACCCACCACAACUGGUUCAGUUGUCACCACGCUGUCACCAUCACCUGACGUCUCGACCUCGAAGGCUACGGCUGUGCCCCUACCGGUGGCUGAUUCCACGACGCAUCCCAUCGAUGCGAACGACCUACACAACGAAACUACAACCUCCCCACCUGUCGCGUUCUCAAUCGCCCAGUCGACGUCUUCUCCCAAUGGCGUCGAGAUUUCAGUCCAGGCCCAAGCGGAGGACCAAGGAUUGGACUUGGGGUAUUACUUGAUUCUGGCGGGUGGGUGCGUGAUGGCUGGGGUCGCCCUUGCCGCCAUUGUCCACAUCCGACGAAAGAAGUGGGAAGACAAGGACAGUGACUUGGACUUCAAUGACGCACAGACGGCGAUUGCCGCGCACCGGUCCGACAACAACAUCGCUAUUCUGUAUGUCAAGGCAUGCAUUUCGCGCCACGAUCAAGGACAGUUGUGUGCCUUUCGAGUUGUGGCCCCGCCGGAGUGUAGUAACCAUGGCUUAUCAUGCCGAGCUUCCAUCUAA